UCGGGUGAAAGGUAGCCCGGCUGAGGUUGUUUAUGACACUCCUGUGGAAUACAAGAAGCAGUGUUUUACUCCAGAAGAAAUGAUGAGUGUUAACAGAUUAAUUCUCUCUAAAUCAGCUCAGAUCAGACAGCUGCUGUGUACUGUGAAGCAUGCUGGGAAACAUGUGGUUCUCCAGAGGAACAUCAGAACCCACAGCAGGAACCUGGCUUAUGCUAAAGAUCUGUUCCUGGGUCAGGUGAACAAGGACGAGGUCUUUCCGUACCCUGAGGUUUCUUUAGAGGAAGUGGAGGAGAUCAACCAGCUCGUUGCUCCGGUGGAGAGGUUCUUCAGCGAGGAAGUCGACUCAGCGAAGAUCGACCGAGAUGCUAAGAUCCCAGCAGAGACUCUGAACGGGCUGAAGGAGCUCGGGCUGUUUGGAGUGAUGGUUCCUGAGGAGUACGGGGGUCUUGGGCUGACCAACACGGUGUACGCCCGGCUGGCAGAGAUCACGUCUCUGGACGGAUCCAUCGCCGUGACGCUGGCCGCUCACCAGGCCAUCGGACUGAAGGGCAUUCUGAUCGCAGGGACUGAAGCCCAGAAGCAGAAAUAUCUUCCCAAACUGGCGUCCGGAGAACACAUCGCAGCGUUCUGCCUCACAGAGCCGGGGAGUGGAAGUGAUGCCGCCUCCAUUCAGACCCGCGCCGUGCUGUCAGAGGACGGGACGCAUUAUCUGAUCAGUGGAUCAAAGAUUUGGAUUUCAAACGGAGACAUGGCCGACGUUAUGACGGUGUUUGCCAGGACCGAAGUGGAAGUAGACGGCGUGAAGAAAGAUAAGAUUACUGCCUUCAUCAUGGAGAGGGCCUUCGGGGGGGUGACCAGUGGGAAGCCUGAGGACAAACUGGGAAUCAGGGGCUCCAACACUUGUGAAGUGUCCUAUGACAGCGUCCCUGUGCCGGUGGAGAAUGUAAUAGGAGAAGUAGGAGGUGGAUUCAAGGUUGCCAUGAACAUCCUGAACUCUGGGAGGUUCAGCAUGGGAAGCUCCUCAGCAGGAAUGAUUAAAAAGCUGAUCGAAAUGACCUCUGAGUACGCUGCCACCAGGAAGCAGUUCAACAAAAACCUGGCUGAGUUUGGGAUGAUUCAGGAGAAGUUUGCCCUGAUGGCUAUGAACGCCUUUGUGAUGGAGAGCAUGGCGUAUCUCACAGCUGGGAUGAUGGACCGACCCGGGCUUCCAGACUGUUCUCUGGAGGCGGCCAUGGUGAAGGUGUUCAGCUCAGAGGGAGGCUGGAUCUGCACCAGCGAAGCUCUUCAGGUCCUCGGGGGUCUCGGAUACACCAAGAAUUAUCCGUACGAGCGCUACCUCAGAGACUGCCGCAUCCUGCCCAUCUUUGAGGGCACCAAUGAAAUCCUGAGGAUGUACAUCGCUCUCACUGGGAUGCAGUACGCUGGCAAAAUCCUCACGGGGAAAAUAAAGGAGAUGAAGAAAGGAAACAUCGGCGUGGUUUUCGAGAUGGUGUGCAGGAAGCUGAAGAGUGCGAUGGGGGGCUCGGUGGAUCUGGGGCUGACGGGGAACAAUGGAGUGGUUCAUCCCAGCCUGGCAGAGAGCGCUAAGAUGAUGGAGCAGAACGUCAGCCUGUUUGGAUCCACUGUGGAGAGUCUGCUGUACAGAUAUGGAAAGACCCUAGUGAACGAGCAGCUGAUCCUGAAGAGAGUGGCAGACGUUCUGAUCCACCUUUACGCCAUGACAGCCGUCCUGUCCAGAACCAGCCGCUCCAUCAGCAUCGGGCUCAGGAACCACGACCACGAGGUGCUGCUCGCAAACACUUUCUGCACUGAGACUUUCUUCAAGAACAAUUACUGGAUGACCCAAUUGCAAAAGCACUCUCCUGAAAACAACGAUGCCAACAUCAAAAAGAUCGCCAAGGAGGUGUUGGACAACAGAGGCUACGUGUGUUCUCACCCUCUGGACAGAACAUUCUGAGCCUGACCAUGUGACUGGGAAUCCUGCAUUCUGAUUGGACCAUAUGGACCAGUUCAAUUCUCUGCGACAGCAAUUUGUCUAUACUAUUCUUAUGACUUUGGAUGAGUUUUUUUGGUGCACUUCAUUAAUAAAUUAAGCGAUUUAUAUUGUAGUUACUGUAUUUUAUUAACCAUAGCUUCAAGGAUAACCCCUCAGAUGGAAUUAUGAGUUUUAUUCAAAGUGCUCUUGGAGUUUAGUGCUGCUCAGAUGAUGUUUGUGUCUUCAUGUUGGGUGCAUACUUCUGAAAAGUGAAGAUACUCUUCUCCUUGUCUGUCAGAGGCAGGGCGGUCCGCUUGUACAGAAAUGAAUGCUGCUUUUUGAAGUCCCUGUAAGAAGCAACAGGACAUACCACAUGCACAUUAAACCUCUCAUGAUUUCGCUA